ACAUUAAUUAAACUGACUCAUAUGCAAGAUCUCCAAAUUGCAUCAAACAAUUCUCGCAACAAAAGGCAAAACAACAAAAUCAAAUUCAAUAGCAAACAAACAAAACAUUUUCAGAGAUCGUUGUUCUAAGCCACAUUGUUUUGAGGACGCCUAAGGUGGCGAGGAAAUGAUUGAUGGAGUCUGGUCAGAACGAGCGUGUGAAGAUUCGUGAGUUUUGCACGAGUGGAACUUGCAUGAAAGCAACAGAAGUUGAGGCCAAGCUUGAUGAAGGAAAUAUUCAAGAAGCAGAAACUGCAUUGCGUGAAGGGUUGUCAAUAAAUUCUGAGGAAGCAAAGGCUCUUCUUGUAAAGUUAGAGUACCAGAGAGGCAAUGUUGAAGGCGUUCUUCGUGUAUUUGAUGGGAUUGAUGUUGAGGCAACCAUACAACAACUUCAAUCUUAUCUUUCUGAAAAAACUUCUGCUAAGAAAGGUUCUUCCUCAGGAUCCCAGCAAGUUGUUAGUUUGGGGAUUGAAGCCAUUUACUUAAAAGCCAAAUCUCUACAAAAACUGGGCAAAUUUACCGAUGCUGCUAAUGAAUGCAAGCAAGUUCUUGAUGUUGUUGAGAAGAUAUAUGGUCAGGGUAUAGUUGAUUCACAAGUGGACAAUAAAAUACAAGAUGUAAUCAGCCAUACAGUAGAGCUCUUUCCAGAGCUGUUGAAACAUGCUGGUUGCUAUGAUGAGGCACUGUCUGCUUAUAGGAAUGGCCUUCUAAGUCAAUGGAACCUUGAUAAUGAUUGUUGUGCAAGAAUUCAAAAGGCACUUGCUGUGUUUUUGUUGUACACAGGGAUGGAGGCAACUCCACCCAGUUCAACCGUUCAGGUUGAUGGGUCUUAUAUACCUAAAAAUAACUUGGAAGAGGCAAUUUUGCUUCUCAUGAUAUUUUUGAGGAACUUCAGCCUUAGUAAGAUAAAGUGGGACCCUUCAGUUAUGGAACACCUAACAGUUGCACUUUCAGCAUGUGGUCAAACUUGUCUUUUAGCAAAGCUACUUGAAGAGUUAACACCCGGUGUAUACCAUCGCAUUGACCGUUGGAAUUUUUUAGCUCUAUGUCAUAGUGGAGCUGGACAAAACAAAAGUGCUUUGAAUUUGCUAAGGUUGUCUUUGCAUAAACAUGAACGACCAAAUGACCUUACAUCGUUGCUGUUGGCUGCAAAGAUUUGUAGUGAGGACCCUUAUGUUGCUGCUGAGGGAGCAGGAUAUGCUCAGAGGGCAAUCAACAAUGCUGAAGGCUUAGAUGAGCAUUUGAAAGGUGUGAGUCUUCGAAUGUUGGGACUUUGCCUGGGAAAGCAAGCUAAGGUUUCUUGCUCUGACUACGAGAGGUCUUUGCUUCAAUCCAAAGCUCUACAAUCAUUGGAGGAGGCAAUGAGAAUGGAGAAAAACAAUUCUGAUCUAAUAUUUGAAUUGGCUAUUCAAUAUGCUGAGCACCGAAAUUUAACGUGUGCAUUAUCAUGUGCCAAACAGUUCUUUGACAAAACUGGUGGCUCUAAAUUGAAUGGUUGGAGAUUGCUUGCUCUUGUUUUGUCUGCACAAAAAAGAUUUUCCGAGGCUGAAGUGGUGACUGAUGCUGCUUUAGAUGAGACUGCAAAAUGGGAGCAAGGGCCACUACUUAGGCUCAAAGCCAAGCUCAAGAUCUCCCAAUUACGACCCAUGGAUGCUAUUGAAAUUUAUCGCUACCUUCUUGCAUUGGUUCAAACCCAGAAGAAAUCAUCUGGGCCUCUCAAACUUGGUUCGCAGGUUGAGGAUUAUACAAUAAAUGAAUUUGAAGUUUGGCAUGGUUUGGCAAAUUUAUAUGCAAGUCUUUCUCAUUGGAAGGAUGGCGAAAUAUGCUUGCAAAAGGCUAGAGAGUUGAAGGAAUACUCGGUAGAAACAAUACACAUUGAAGGUAUUAUAUUUGACGGUCGUGGAGAAAAACAAGAAGCUCUUAUUACUGCUGCUAAUGCAGUGCUAUUUGAACCAAACUAUGUGCCAAGCAAGAUCUUAAUGAGUUCUUUGAUGAUGAAAAUGGGUUUUGAAGCUUCACCUUUUGCUAGAAGCUUACUUUCUGAUGCCCUUAGAAUAGAACCCACAAAUCGCAUGGCUUGGUAUUACUUGGGAUUAACUCACAAAAAUGAUGGUCGAAUAGUUGAUGCUGCUGAUUGCUUCCAGGCAGCUUCCAUGCUUGAAGAAACCGAUCCCAUUGAAAGUUUCAAUUGUAUGCUUUGACUAGAUUUGUCAAUUUGGAAACGUAUCCCAUGUUUUCAUUUUCUUAUUUUAAAUUCUUAUCAUAAAAAAAACUAGCCUCGAAGAAAAAGAGUUGGAGUUAAUCAUAAAGUAGGAAAUAAUAUAACAAGAAGUUGGUGUUAAUCUGGUGGUAGGAUGGAUUAAUUGUAAAGAACUAGUUUUUUUAAUUAUUAUUGUGGUUCGGUUCCUUUUUUGCCUUGUAAAUGUGAGAUGCUUAUUUGGGAAGUAUCAUUCAAAGAAAAUAAACUGUAAAGAUUCAAUUUUCUUC